GGGUCCUAACAGAGAGCAGACACCGCAGACAGAGCGACAGGUCCCGGGCUCGAUCCUUAGCGUAACCCGCCGAAAAUCCGCCUUCAUCCGCGGAGGAAUAAAACGUAGCGACUUAAACGACAGCGGGAGCAGAAAGUACAGACUCUAACCUUUCUAACGAGCCGCGUAUUGUCGCAAUAUGAGGUUAGUACAUAUUUAAAACAAAAGGCGAAAGAUUGUGAGAGCCGACUUCAUCCAGAGACAGCGCACAGAGGACCCGGUUCUUCGCUCGAGCAGAUCUUCCCUGUCGGAUUUUUUUUGGCCUGUUUUGCUUUGAAACAAGCUUGAACUGUAAAACCGAACAUUUUUUUUCGGGAUAUUUUGGAGCUAGCGAGCCUGUUUGCUAGCCAACCGCAGAUUUCUUCACCAUGGAGUUGAGAGUGGGAAACCGAUACAGACUGGGCAGGAAAAUUGGAAGUGGAUCGUUUGGAGACAUCUAUCUGGGUACCGAUAUCUCAGUUGGAGAGGAGGUCGCCAUCAAGUUGGAAUGCGUGAAGACCAAACACCCACAGCUCCACAUAGAGAGCAAAAUCUACAAGAUGAUGCAGGGUGGAGUGGGUAUCCCCACGAUAAAGUGGUGCGGCGCCGAGGGCGACUACAACGUGAUGGUGAUGGAGCUGCUGGGGCCCAGUCUGGAGGAUCUCUUCAACUUCUGCUCUCGGAAGUUCAGCCUCAAGACAGUCCUGCUGCUGGCUGACCAGAUGAUCAGCCGCAUUGAAUACAUCCACUCCAAGAACUUCAUCCACAGAGACGUGAAGCCAGACAACUUCCUGAUGGGGCUGGGCAAGAAAGGCAACCUGGUCUACAUCAUCGACUUCGGCUUGGCCAAGAAGUACCGCGACGCGCGCACACACCAGCACAUCCCCUACCGCGAGAACAAGAACCUGACCGGCACCGCCCGCUACGCCUCCAUAAACACACAUCUGGGCAUCGAGCAGUCCAGAAGGGACGACUUGGAGUCACUGGGCUAUGUCCUCAUGUACUUCAACCUGGGCUCUCUGCCCUGGCAAGGCCUCAAAGCUGCCACCAAGAGGCAGAAGUAUGAACGCAUCAGCGAAAAGAAAAUGUCCACGCCCAUUGAGGUUCUGUGCAAAGGCUACCCAUCGGAGUUUGCCACCUACCUGAACUUCUGCCGCUCUCUGAGGUUCGAUGACAAGCCCGACUACUCGUACCUCCGCCAGCUCUUCAGGAACCUCUUCCACAGACAGGGCUUCUCCUACGACUACGUCUUCGACUGGAACAUGCUUAAAUUUGGUGCCAACAGGGCCGUGGAGGACGCAGAGCGGGAACGCCGGGAGCGUGAGGAGAGACUGAGGCACGGCAGAAACCCCGGGGCCAGGGGCAUGGCCUCAGCCUCAGGAAGAGCCAGGGCACCUCAGGAUGUCGCAGCCCCAUCACCACUGAACCCUGCCUCACACACAGGUAUGGAGAAAGAGAGGAAGGUGAGCAUGCGUCUGCAUCGCGGUGCACCUGUUAACAUCUCCUCCUCAGACCUGACGGGACGCCAGGACACAUCCCGCAUGUCCACCUCACAGGCUCUGUCUCGCGUCACACCCAGCGGCCUCCAGUCCGCGGCUCCUCGGUGAAACCCUCCCAUCCACCCGAGCACCAUGGAGGCCUCAACAUGCACCACCUGCAGCACACACACACACACACACACACACACUCUCUGUCGCACACACAAACACACACACACACGCGCUAAUACUACCAGGACUCUCGAGGACUACCAACCGAUGCACAAGAGCCUGACUGCGCUCCUGUUCACUUGACAGAAGAAGAAGAGGCGCACAGCCAGGAGUGUGUGUGUGCAUGUGUGUGUGCAUGUGUGUGUGUGUGAAAGCAAGAGAGAGAGAGAGAGAGAGAGACGGUGGCAGGUGGAGUACAGUUUGGUUGCCUUAACAACCACCUUGGCAAAGUAGCAGCCACAGCAUCCCUUCUUCUCCUCUCAUGGAAGAUGUGGAGACACUCCCUCCUCCUCCUCCUCCUCCUCCUCCUCCUCACUGUUGAUGAAGCCAUGGAUUCACUUUCCUCUGGCAUCUUUUUUUUUUUUUCAACUUAUGGUUUUACUUAUGUUUCUUCUUUAGCAUUACAACUUCUCCUACACCAGCUGGUCAGACUGAAAACGUCUGAAAACGGAGAACGACGAGUCUGUUAGAUGUUGAAAAUAGUCUGUGGGACUUUAAUCGAAGACACGUGAUCCACCGCGGCAGUGUUAGAAGACCGUGCCUAAACUCUGCUUUGUGUCCUGAAAGACUCUUUAAAUCCCACAAGUCGACUUUUUUUUUUUUUUUUUCCUUAAUUUUUUCUAGGUGUAUGAGGUUUAAAUUUGCAGGUAGGAUAACAUGGGACAAAAAGGCCUUUUUAAUGUUCUGUUUUCAAAGGUGAUCCCAUAGUGCGAGGUUGUUGUUGUUUUUUUUGUUUUUUAUGUCUUUGUCCUCCUCAGGUGCGUUGGAACCAGGACGUUGUAGUAAAUCCAAAAACAUGCAGCACAUUUUGUUUCUGUCUUCAGGUUGUGACUGCUGUGGGAAAAGCUGUGAAUGGAGCAGUUAAAUAGUCGGGGUGUCCACACUGAACGGAUGAGAUGUUGUUUUAAAAAAAAACCCGGUGCAUAGUGAUGUGGUUUUCGUGUGCGUGUUUGUGUGGUUCUGUCUUAGGGUUAUACAAGCUCAAACGGGUGGGGGAUGAAAAUGUCGAGGGUCUUUAUUUUUUAUUUUUAUUCUUAUUAUUAUUAUUUUGAACUCCUUUGCCUCCUCAACCUCACUGUAGACCGUCUGUCCUCCUGCUUCCAUUUCGAGUCAAAACACAGUUUGCUUUUUCUUUUCUAAGCAUACUUGUGGCCAUGUUCUACCGAGACCUCGUUAAAUAAUCGCCAUCUGUUUUGGGAUGUUGUAACCUGUGGUUUUUUUUAAAUGUGGCUCUCGAGACACUACAAAAAUAGGGCAUCAAAACUGCAUUACAGAAGCCUAAGUAUGGUUCAUUUUUGUCAAUUUCAGGAUUAUAUCAGAGGAAUGGUUCCUAAAUUGUAUUUCAUACUCCAUUUGUUAUUGAGUAUGUGCCAUUACACGAUAUUUUACUCCAUUGUUGCACACUGUGCAACAACUGCACUACAAGCCAGUCACUAAAGAUGUCCUCAACAACUGAAUACUUUUUGCAUUAAAGGGGCAUUUCACCAUUUGUACAAACAGUGAUCUUAGUCCUAUUAGUACUACCCAGCUUGCAAAAACAAGCUCUGGAAAGGCUUAAAGAAAAUACAUGAUUGAGUUGCAUUAUGGGAAAUGUAGGCGGCAGUGUUUGGGAGCUUGACCCAUACUAGUGGAACUUGUAUUUUAGCCUUAGUUGCCUCAAUUUUGACCGUUCUUCUUGAAAUCUUUGUCUGCAAGUGCCACCAUUUUCCAGGAGCACAGUGCUAAAUUGCUCUCGUGCUCCUUCAAAACAUAGAUCCCAGUAGUUGAUCUUUGAAUCCCUCAAAGCUGAGUCUUAAAGUGAGCUGGGAAGGAUUUUGGGAGCCGUGUCGCUCCCAGUAGACUGACGCUGACCCUCGUCACAGGGGCCAGAGGUGAGAGUUCAGGUAGAAAGUGGACGGUUUUGGUUGAACAUCUGGCCAGACGGGAGCAAAGGAGGUUUUGGAGAUCAAUGGACCGAGUGUUGUCUUGAGGACGGAGGUCACUGGAGAGUCCCAGCGGUACUGGAGCUACAAGCCUCACACGGCUCUCCUUCGUGACUUGAUCUGAACCCUGCAGAUUUUAAAGUAGAAAAUUCUCGAUGUGAUAGACUGAUUGCAAGGUAUUGUAGGCCAUUUUCUGUAGUUGAAGGAGGAAGGGCUUGUAGUGGUAUUUUGUACAUGUUUGUUCUGUUGUUGUGUAUAGGAUGCUCUGUCCACCGCGUCCGCGUGAAGCCGCCGCGUACGGCUUCGGACGGCGACGACAGCGUAUGGAGGGACUGGGAAUGCCUCACUCCAUUAGACUUCCUGCUAAGGCAGUUUUCUUUUCUAAAUAUACUUCACCUGUGGGCUUGAAAAAAAAAAAAAGUGAUGGAUUAACUUGUUUGUCUCACUAAUGAUGGCUAUGAUAAAUGCAAGUACACUUUACAUGGGAUAAGUUUUUCAGUCUGUCAUGUCAGCCUCACUUUCUUAUUUUGGUCACUUCCUGUCCAAUUAUGCUUUUAACUGUGCAGUGGAGAUGGUUGCUCAUGUCCCACAAUGCAUCUCUUACUGUGGAUUCAUGGGGAAUGUCUUUCCACUCCCACCUUAAGACUUUUGCUCCUCAUUUGUAAUGCCACUGUAUUUGUGUAUUUUAAAAUUGUGUAAAUAAAUUAAUAAGUACUUGUA